AUGUCGGGGAAGAUGACAUUGUACAAACUGGUGGUGUUGGGCGAUGGAGGUGUAGGAAAGACGGCUCUUACCAUCCAGCUGUGUCUGAAUCAUUUCGUUGAGACCUACGAUCCCACGAUCGAGGACUCCUACCGAAAGCAAGUCGUGAUCGACCAGCAGUCAUGUAUGCUGGAGGUGUUGGAUACAGCGGGACAAGAAGAAUAUACCGCAUUGCGUGACCAGUGGAUCCGAGACGGUGAAGGCUUCGUGCUCGUCUACAGUAUCACAUCUCGAUCAUCCUUCUCUCGGAUACAGAAGUUCUACAACCAGAUACAACUCGUGAAAGAGUCUGCUAGUUCAGGCUCACCAACCGGUGCCAACUACCUGAGUUCCCCCAUGAGCCCCCCGAUGUCUGGAUCGUCCGGUCCCGUUCCCGUGAUGCUGGUCGGCAACAAGAGCGACAAGGCCAUGGAACGUGCCGUCUCUUCGCAAGAAGGAUCUGCUCUCGCGAAAGAACUGGGCUGCGACUUCGUCGAGGCCUCUGCAAAGAACUGCAUCAAUGUCGAGAAGGCAUUUUACGACGUCGUUAGAUUGCUGCGACAACAGCGCAUGCAACAACAGGGCGGCAAAGGACAAGAUCGACGGGGUACUGGCUUCGGCGCUGGACAACGAGAUCGUGACGGCGGCCCUGAAUACCCCAAGUCCUUCCGCCCGGAUCGGUCGAGGCCCCAUCGCAGUGGCCUAAAAUGUGCGAUCUUGUAA